UGCCCGCUCGCACGCUCAUUUGGUCCCUGGCUAGCGCGCGCGAAGGAGUUUGACACAUUUGCACGUGUCGGAAGCGAGUUUGACCGUUGAGCGGCUGGCGCGCGCUACACCUUCAGUCCUCGUGGAUUACCGAAGCUGCACGGCGCCUCGCGUUGGCUCGCCUCGUCUGUUGACUAGUUCCCACUUCUCGGUGCAGGCAUCGCGAACGGAUAACGUCGUCGGCCCUCGGAUUACCGCAAGCAUCGAGACGAUCAUCGGCGUGGUUUCGUUGGUCGCACGUGGUGCUUCGCGCUCUUCGCCGCCGUUGAUGUGUGCCGUGUGAGCGCGUCGGCAGGGAUGGUGCCCCACAGCUCGGGUAGUGUGGACGCGGAUACGAUGGAGCAGAAACGACGCUGCGCGCAGCCGUUCGGGUCGCUGAAGGUGGACGUGAACUCGCCGACGCCGUACACGGACGCGACGCAGUGCAAGAAGGUGACGAACCACAUCAAGCGCCCCAUGAACGCGUUCAUGGUGUGGAGCCAGAUCGAGCGGCGCAAGAUCUGCGAGCAGCAGCCCGACAUGCACAACGCCGAGAUCAGCAAACGGCUGGGAAUGCGCUGGAAGAUGCUCACCGAUCAGGAGCGCAAGCCGUACAUCGAGGAGGCCGAGCGGCUGCGGCUGCUGCACAUGCAGGAGUACCCGGACUACAAGUAUCGGCCGCGCAAGAAGGUCAAGGCUGGCGGCGCCGCCGCGACCGCCGUGAAGGCGCCCGAACGCGCGGCCGCAGCGGCGGCUCCCGCCAAAGUCUCCCACCACUCGGCCGUGGCCAAGGUGGCCACGAUCGCGGCGCCGUCCUCCAAGUCGCACCACCACCACCACCACAAGAGCUCCUCGCACCAUCACCACCACAGCCACCAUCACAAGUCUUCCAGUCAUCACCACCACCACAGCAGCAGCCACCAUCACCACCACAAGUCGUCCAAAAAGUCGUGCGUCCAGGUCGCAUCGGUGGCGCCGGUGAACGGCGGCAACCCGCGGCUGAAGCUGAAGCUCACCAUCGACGACAAGUUCAAGAAAAGCAUCAGCCGCAGCAAGCACGUGCCCAUCGCCACGGGUCAGCUCACGCCGCCUGCCAAGGUGCCGUGCUCGCCAUCGGCCGAGGAGCCGGCGUCUCCCGAGAGCACCAACGUGUCGCUCUACGAAGACAUGGUCGUCGACGUGAAGCCUUCGAUCGCCGAGCUCAUAGGCGCAUCCGCGGCCGCUGUCUCGCCUUCGGCCUCGAGCACGACGUCCUCUUGCUCGUCCUCAACGACGUCCUCCUCCUCGUCGUCGUCCGUCCACUCGAGCCAGCAGCCGCAGCAGCAGCGAUUCGCGGACACGUCGACGCAACUCACCGAUCUCGACCACAUCACGGAGGUGUUCGAUCUCGCCUCCACCUGGGGCGCUCAGGAACUCAACGCCUUCGUCAUGAACACGUCGCUGAGCGACAUGGACGCUAUGGAUAGUGCCAGUUCCAGCUCGGCCACCCACUUCCAGUUUCCCGACCUCACACCCGAGGUCUCCGACAUACUGGGCGUCGGAUGGCUGGAAAACAGUCUGUCGCCGGGCAUCUGCUGAAAAAAAAGAGAGAGACGACGGGCACCCAUUUCGAUAUCCCGUAUGUGUGUCACUCCUCACAAACUCAUCCUUGUAGCUUCUCUCUUUCACGAAUUGUUUCCCACACCCCUUUUCGAAGGUUUUAUCGCGUCGCUGUGUGCGUUCAGGUUUCCCUUCGCAAUGUCUAUACAGAUUGUCAGCGUGAAGUCCUGUCUGUAUCCCGGGAAAAAAAAAAAAAAAACUCGGAUCCAUCUUUUCGUUUCGCUCGUUUCUUGUCGAAAGCUCCUUCCCUGUCCCUCGCCUACAAUGAUUGUUCUUUAUCUGAAGUGUCCAACGCGUCGAAAGGCAUGCUUUUCGGCUUCACUAUCGCAUAUUCGGCGGGCUUGCACGUGGGGGCUUGCCCUAGCUAGCACACACUUUUCCGCGCGUUCUCUGAAAAUACCGCUGUCGAAACACGCUUACAUUGCCAAGCACGUGUUCCAUUUUCUUUCCUCUCUUCUCUUUCUCGCUUUAAUUCCGUGUUGCCGGGAUGUCGUCACCCGCUUUCCAUUUUUUUUCCCCCCUCUUGUCUUUCCUGGCUGCCGUUUCCUCGAUGCUUGCGUUUCCGGCAACCCUUUCUUUUUCUCUUCGAGUCCCCCCUUGGCCUCACUCCCAUUUCGUCGCUCGCGACCUCGGAAGGAGAUAAAACAAUAAAAAAAGGCCAGAAAAAAAAAAGAAUCUUCUCUCCGGUCGUCUCGGCCCUCAACUCGAAGCCCUGGCGCGUUUAGUUGCGCUAGAGUAGCAAUGAUCUCACCUCCUCAAACCCCCCUCCUACCAACAACCAGCCUGUCCCAUUUUUUUCUUGUUUCUGUCUUUCUCGCGUUUCCACGUUCUCCUCUUUUUUUUUGGUGGUGCGUACUUUCUGCGCGGAGUCGUUGUGUGACAGCGUACGCAGCAGGCGCUUGGUUCGUUGGGACGUCGAGCAGGGCAGCUGGUGGCUUGGCUAGGUCCCGUGACGGAUUUGCCACCUGCGAGCGUCUGUUCGCGACGGCGUUUUCUUCUAAACCAACUGCCGGGCAGACGUUAACAGCCACCUCCCUUUUCGUUUGAAGCCGUUUCGGUUCUUUCUUUUUUGUUUUUCCCUCUCCGUGAACCUGUCCGUAAAACACCUCCGCCGGAUAUUAUUUACUCGCGACAGUGUCGCCUGCUUUCUUAGGACGCCCACCAUGGCCGUGUUCUCUAAUAAUCGACGUCGUUGUGGCGUUUAAUCAAGUCUAGAGUACAUCAGGGCGCGUUACUUAUCCGCGCUAGUCGUUUUUCAGUUAACUACCAUAGGGCAAAAUACACGCGAAUAAAAUGCGGCGUAGCGUUUUUUUUUUUUUCGCAGUCGUUGGGGAAACGACAAUGUCCACGGAGGUGCUUCAGGCUGUCCUCUCUCGAAGUGCUGGUCAUUUAUUGCCAAGUUCCUUUCCCGCAAUUUUCGUAUCUGGUAUGCUUCUGGGAGUGAAGUGUCCUCUCGAGAAAGCGUUACUAAGUGGUGGUACAGGGGGCCCGCUUCUAAGGAAGCUUUCGUGAACCUCUUGUGUGUAGAUGUUUUAGUUGUCUCGGAAAAAGUUUGGUUGAACGGCUCAGGUGGCGUUAAACUGGAGUCGGUGGCUGCAAUGUCGGCUCUGGCGCAGACACGCCAGAUCAUUUUUUGCCGAGUCAGCUGUGAAUAGCGAAGAGUGAAGAAAAAACGAGAGAACGCACCAGAACGUGUUUCUAAAUAUUGCGUCUCUUUUCUGACUCGCUUGCGUCUUCUCGUCCGGCUUUCACGCGACAGUCGGCUGGACCAAAAAGUCACUCCGCGUUGUUUCUGACGCUGAGAGCUAUAACAAAUGUCCGUUGGUAUGGAAACGCUUCGGCAUAUAAUUCUUCCAAGAGUUAGUGAAGUGUCCUUGGCUAUAUAUAUAAAAAAAAAUCAUUCCGAAAGCAACUACGAUCAUCUCUUAAACGCUUUUUUUUUCUUCAUUCUAUUACCAGGGUUUCUCUCUUGAUAUUGGGCUCUGUCAACAAGUGGAACCCAUUUAAUCAUCUGUGCGUAUUGAUCACGUGAUAGUCCCCGUCCUUAUCACACCAAUUGCACCCAUAGUCGUCGCGGUGUCUUUUGGGCUAUCUCAUCGGCGCGUGGACCCGUACUUUUGUUGGCUGGGCUACUUUCCGUUAUAUUGUACCGGCUGGAUUAUGAUUUUUUUUUCGUGUAUCGCAUACGCAGCAUAGUGUUGUGUGCGUGUACUUAUCAGUGGGCAUUAGCUUUCGAACUUAAUGAGCGUUUUUUUUUUUUGCAUUCAUUUGUAACGGUAGCAGUGUUUCGCUUUUUUUUUUUUCCUGCGUUACACCAUUCCUAUCACUAGAGUGGUAAGAGCAACUCUGCGAGCAAGUUGUGUCAUCUAGCUGGUGCGUUUGUAAUCGUGUUAAGUGUAAUUUUUUUUUCUUUUACUCAGUGCUUGUAAAGAAAGCAUUUACGAAGGAAUCUUACCUUGUUUACUCAAAGAAAAGCAUUUGUAUUAACUAGAAAAGCAAAAAAAAAAAGUAUUUCGCAUUGACACGUCGGGACAACUCCUAUAACAUUGCCGACGUUUCUUUGCAGUUAUUUUUUCUUCCUUAAAAAAAAAAAAUAAAAGUAACGUUUGUUGUGGCCGUGCGCUUUGAACGAUGCUGGCAACGUGUCGGUUUAUUUGUCCGCGUUAUGUUUUCCCACUUCGUCUACGCUACAGUCACGUUCGUAUUUUAGGUUUCUGUAAACCAUUAGCGGUAAAGAACAAGUUCCCUGUCGCGUGUCUGAGUAAAGUGUUUUUCAUUUGUGUUAAUAGUUCUACUGCGACACAGCGUUCUGGUAACUACCGUUUGCGUUUUCUUUUUGUAUGUUCCAGACGUUAUAUUUAACUCCGUUCUAUCGUCGAUAAAAUUUCACAGAUAUGGCAGAGUACUUGUCAGUAUGUUGUCGAACAAUUAUGAAAAUGUUAUAAAAAAAAUGCAGAGAAGUUUCUCUUUGUUUUGUUCCUGAAGUCUGUUCUUCAUUCCGUUAUUUUUUUUUCGCAGUUGUGAUUUUCGUUCUCUGUGCGUGAGUCAGUGUUGGUUUCAUACGCGCUGCGUAUGUGUUGUUGGAUAGUUUUUUUUUCUUUCCUUCCAUUUUGUGCAAAGCAGCUCAUGAAGUGUUUGUUCGGCAAUCUAGCUUUACUUUUUUUUUUUUAAACUUCGUGUGUUGUCGUCUGGACUGAACGUAUCGCCGUGUUGCAUUUUUGUUUUGCCCUUUGUUCAAGAAACAGUGAAUGUGUGCGCCAGUGUUCGUACUUCGUCUUGUGAAAGUCCACAGAACAUACUUUUAGAAGUCAGGCGCUGGGGCAGACUGUGACCCUACGUUCUGGCCUUCCACAUGAGUGUAAAUAGUAUAUAUAAUAAUUAUAUUAUAUAUUAUAAAUAUAUCUUCGCAGCGCAUAGAUGAUAUAUGAAAGUAUAUUUGUACAUUUUAAUAAGAGAAAAAAAAUGUCAAAAAAAAUGCAAGGGCAUCACGAUGCAAGUUUGUACGAUAGUGAAGAUUUUUUUUUUAUUUUUACGAAAGCAUCGAAUAAAUGCAUUGUGCCAUCAAGA